CCCGGCGCGCCCCGCCCCCGUGAUGCCCCGCCCCGCGACGCCCCGCCCCCCGGAAACCAGGUUAGGGCGGGCCAGCCUCAGCAGGUGAGCUGGACUCCGCAGCGCCGCCCCAGAGGUUACGCGCGGCCCCUCCCGUUCCGUCCACCCGUCCCGGCGCACCGGAUCGGGCAACCAGGAACGGGCGAUCACCUUUGUCCCCGGCCCAGCCUGGGGCGGCGCAUCUCCGCCACCCUGUGCAUUCAGACCCCCUUCUCUCUGGCGCUGGCUAUCCCAGGGUUGCGAGAAAGGGCGUACGGCUGCCCAGCGUCCUGUCCCAGAGCCGAAUAGUUAACAUUUAACCACAUUCCAGAAGCCCGAGCUCCAGCCGCUCUCCCAGCCCCAACCUUUGGCCUUUCAGCCCAGUGGAGGGGUGCAGGGCGAAGGAAGUAGGAUGGAUCCCAGAGGCCUGUGCGUCCAGCUGGGUCUCUUCCUCCUGCGCCCUCGACGUUGCAGGAUAGGCCACGGGCUCGGGACAGGAUGGUGGGCAAAGACACCAACGUACCUGGAUGUCACAGUGGGCUGGACGGGGAGGGGCGGGGAACUCCGGAGGCUCUCCCAGUUCCUGAGCACAGGCGGAUUAAUCCAACACUGGGAGCAUCGUACUGGAGAGGCUGAGAGCCCAGUAUCUUCCCAGUCCACAGGACUGGAUGUCUCAGGAGUCCCAGUCUGGCACUGGAGGCCUGGAGGACUCCUGGAGAGCUGCCGAUCUUCAGCCCAUAUUGAACACCUGAGAAAGCUGGAUUCUGACAGGAGCAGCAAUGGUAGACACACUCACCAGCAAGAAGGGAAGCCAGGCAGAUUUUCCCUGGUGCCUCAUUACAUCUGGGCUGCUGUCAGAAGGUGCCAGCUGCUCUAUGGAAGGGUCAUCCUGCCUCCCUCAGUCCUUCCAGGAAACACCCUCACGGACAGACUGAAUUCCAGAUCCAAUCAACUUGACAAGUUUAACCAUCAUACCUAGACCCCUAAACUUUCCCCAAAUUCUUCCACAAAGCAGUUCCAAAGGCUCUUCAUCACAUGGUCAGGUAGUCAUAGCAACAGCUCCAGUUCUUGACAGUUACCCCAUUGCUGGUACCAAAUCUAUGUUACACUUUGACUCUGUGUCACAAGGCCUUGAAGAAAGGGGGAGGAAGCCUAGAGUGGUGGAGGGUGUGGUGGAGCAGGUGCUCAUGGAGACCUCCUCACACUCUUUCAUCUGCCACGACCACGGCCUAUUGGGUGCCUGCCACAUCCACAGUACCUCUCUCCCCUUAGUAAAUCCUCUCCCAAAAGUCUCUUACACACCCAGGGUUUUACAAUUCUCUAAAGCUUUUCAAACCAAUCAAAUUAACACCCAUCACAGUAUGUUACAUAUAUUUACUAUCAAUGUGAAGAGGAGGAGGAGGAGGAGGAGGAGUGCAUAGACCUCUGAAAAAGAUGGUGGUGGUGGGUGGGGGUAAGAGGGUGUCCCCAGCCUUGCCAGGGCUGUGGAAUCUACCAUAAGAUCACCUGGAGCAUUUUGUCAUGGAUAACUUACUCGGCACACAGACACAGGUCUGUGUGCCACUGAGUAUGUGGUUAUUUCAGCGUCCUGAAUAUGCACCAGCAAAAUGGCUCAUGGGGUAAAAGCACAUGCCUCCAGGACUAAAUUAAAUUAAGUUACAAAUGGCACCUUUUGCCUAGAGAACUGCUGCAAAGUCAAAGAAUUGCAACAAACUAGAGAAACAUUGUAACUCAUGCUCCACAAUGGCCUGCUUGUGGAACAGAAUUUCGGAGGUACUGAUCUCAGAAACCAGCCAAACACCAUGGGAAAGGAAGACGGUGAGGCUGCUGCCUCAAGAUGCUCAUUUUGGGCUGCAGUGCAUGCCUAUAAUCCCAAGACUUCAAGGCCAGCCUGUGCUACUGGAGAGCCCCUCCAGGUUGUUUAAGAAAAAACAAGAGCUGCUCACCGGGCUGGAAACAUGGCUUAAUAGUCAAAAGCACUUGCUUUUGCCGAGGAGCAGAUCGUAACUGUCUAUAACUCCAGCUCCAGGAAUCUAACAUCAUCUUCUGGCAGGUGGUGCACAUACAUACAUACAUACAUACAUACAUACAUACAUACAUACAUACAUACUAUAAAUUAUUAAAUGCUGGUAAACCUAUACGUUCUUAGAAGCCACUUGAUAUUACCUAUGAUUAGAGAACUGCUAUCCAGGAGAAUAUGUCAGACUUGGGGAUGAAACAUACACCUCCAACUGCUAGCAGGAGUAUGAGAUAUAAGUAGAGAGAACCUUCGUUUAUAGAAGAGGUGAAGCAUUCUUUGGGAGGGGACAUGGGGGGUGGGCACAGCUUCCCUCUGUUGCUCAGAAUAUUCCCCUGUAUUCUUCAGGAGGAAAUCAGAAGGGUAGGGGUUCCCCAAGAAAUGACACAGGAUCAAGGGGGUGUGCAGCAGGUCGUUUGGACUUCAGGGAUAAGGCACUAUGGCUUCAGAGCUGGACAGGGCCCUCAGAUGGUGCCGAGAGCUUGAGUCUGAGAUGUUGAUGUGUCUGGGGAGCUGGGUGGUGGUGCCCAAGGAUGAGAAGAGGAGGGAAGUGGGCUGCAGUGAGGGUCAGAUGCUCUGAUCUCCCACACGGCCCCAGCAUGCUGCGGCCUGUUGAAACUGCCACAGUGAGUUCACAGCAGCCUCUUGUGAGCUGAGGGUGGGUUGGGGCCACCCUCCAGGACUCAUGCUCCAAGUCUCAUCUUGAACCCCAGACUCUCUGGGCUUUGGGACUGUAGGACCCACAGUAUCCUUUUGAUUUGGAUUUGUUUUCAGUUGCUUAUUGCACAAAAGCUAAAUGCUGCCAAACUUCCAGCCACCAGCUGGCCCCAAAGAAGCAGUGUAUUUACUCCUUAGCUGGAGGAGAGCCAGAGACAACAGUGUUGAGCACAAAGCCGGAGUGUAUCCACAGAUCUGCUACAUUCACACCCCCACUGCUCCCCAAAUCUCAGAAACCCACAGGGCAGGGUUCUCUGCUCCCACACCUCCAUCAUCCCCCUGUAGUUCACCCUACUUUCUUCUUCUCAUCCUUGGGCACCACCACCCAGCUCCCCGGAGGCAGCGACAUCUCAGGCCUCAAACUCUCUCGGCACCAUCUAAGGGCCCGAUCCAGCUCUGUUGUGCAGCGUUCACUCCUACCAUUGCCCUGAAGUCAUACCCUCACUGCCCCCUGCAUUCCCACCUCACUCAUUCCUGCAGACUAGUGCUAUACAGGAGAAUAUGCCAGAUAAUAUUUAUAUAUCACUGCCCCCUGCAUUCCUACCUCACUGCCCCCUACAUUCCCACCUCACUCACCCCUGCAUUCCCACCUCACUACCCCAUACAUUCCCACCUCACUCACCCCUGUAUCCCCACCUCAUUCACCCAUGCAGACUGGUGCUAUCCAGGAGAAUAUGCCAGAUACUAUCUAUCUAUAUUUCUGCCCCCUGUAUUCCCACCUCACCACCCCUUGCACCCCCACCCCACUUACCCCUGCACUCCUAUCUACUCACCCCUGCAUUCCUCACCCCUGCAGUCCUACCUCACUCACCCCUGCAUUCUCACCUCACUCACUCCUGCAUUCCUCACCCCUGCAGUCCUACCUCACUCACCCCUGCAUUCUCACCUCACCCCUGCAUUCCUCACCCCUGCACUCCUACCUCACUCACCCCUGCACUCCUACCUCACUCACCCCUGCACUCCUACCUCACUCACCCCUGCAUUCUCACCUCACUCACUCCUGCAUUCCUCACCCCUGCAUUCCUACCUCACUCACCCCUGCAUUUUCACCACCCCUGCAUUCCACCUCACUCACCCCUGCAUUUUCACCUCACUCACCCCUGCAUUCCACCUCACUCACCCCUGCAUUUUCACCACCCCUGCAUUCCACCUCACUCACCCCUGCAUUUUCACCUCACUCACCCCUGCAUUCCACCUCACUCACCCCUGCAUUUUCACCUCACUCACCCCUGCAUUCCACCUCACUCACCCCUGCAUUCCCCACCUCACUCACCCCUGCAUUCCACCUCACUCACCCCUGCAUUUUCACCUUACUCACCCCUGCAUUCCACCUCACUCACCCCUGCAUUCUCACCUCACUCACCCCUGCAUUCUCACCUCACCCCUGCAUUCCCCACCUCACUGCCCCCUGCAUUCCCACCUCACUGAUGAUUUUCACCCCCAUCGCUCCAGCAGCCACACAGCUCCUGUUCCCUAUAUUCACACCUCUACUGCCUCCUAUGCCUCUAGUGUCCCCAUGCAUUCUGUGAUCUGGGCUCUGGAUGCCUAUUCUUCUGCCUCAUGGCCCUCUGUAGGGUGACACAAGCUAGAAAAAGUCACAUGUUGGGUAGCCCUGUGGGCCUAUUGGAACUUAAGGGUGGAUCAUUGAACCCAUGUCCACUGAUCCUGUCUCGCUCCUCCCAACUCUCCAUCACGCACAUAUGUGUGUAUAUAUACAUGUGUGUAUGUAUGUAUAUAUGUAUAUAUGUGUGUGUGUGUAUAUGUGUAUGUGUGUUUAUACACACACACACACUCACAGAACCCUGCAGUUCCCUUGGUGGGUAAGGCACAGAAAUGAAAAGGGCUUGCUACAGAAAACUCGAUGCUCUCCAGCAUGGCUGUCGCUGAGGCCACCUGUCCCUAAGCUCUGCCUUGUUUCUUCCCCACAGCUAGGUCUUUUUAUCAUCAGGGAGCAGGCCCUCAGCUGGCACGGGGACUUGUUCAAUUUAGGGGCAGCAUGAGGAGCUGCCAUGGCGGUGGCCGGGGUGUGCCUUUGGGGAUGCCGUUCCCCAGAGAGAUGGAGUGAAGAAGACACUUUCUUCCUUGCAUUGCUUCCUUUUCUGGGCAAGCCCUGAGGAUGCGCGGAGCUGUGGCAGCCAUCUUGUGAUGACAGAAGAGCUGGAGCAGAGCAGGCAGCAAAUCUAGGUUGAAGUUUGUGGUGCAAACGACUCCUUAUUUCACUAAAUGAAGACAGCAGGGGAGACCCUGGGUGGUUCCCACUGCUCUGUGUCAGAGGCUGACUCAAUGCUAACCGAGGGUGUUUAGCUCAGCUUUCUCCAAAUAAGCUCCGUAGAAGACCAGUGCUUCCUUUGAAUAAAAGUCUGUCCUAGUAUUUUAGCUAAUA